AGUAUGUUCCAGAAAGAAGAUGUCAAGAAAUUUCCUGGCAACCGCAUAAAGUUUGAAACUGUAGAGGAUGCAAAGCUAGAGCUUCUUGUGUAUCGAAGAAAUAGUGAUGAUGAUCCAUGGUUUUCUGUUUGCCAAGAUGUCCUCAAGAUCCUGGAAAAUAUUUUCGAGAGUCCUCCAUAUCUUACCUGUUGCGAUGAUAUGUACGUCAGCUACUCAUUUGUGUCUGUGCACAAAUUGUGGGUCUUGGAUCUUCGAUUAAAUGAGAAUCCUACUCCUGCAAUAAUUACUAUGCAAUCUGACGAUCAGGAUGGUGGUCACAUGAUGAUGGACAUUUUGUAUAGGGAGGAAAACUUUGAUCCCUUUGUUAGACAAUUACUCCCACACAUAGACCCGUCUAACUCUUUUCAACUCGAAUCAAAUGAAAAUGGAACAGAUGGUGAAGCCGUUGUUUCCAGAGAGGUUUUUGAAAAUGAGGUCACUGAAAGGGAGUCCCUUGAUGAUGAAACCAAUCCGGUUGAGCUUGUUGAAGAUGAAAAUAGCGAGGAGUUAUAUUCUGAUCUUGAUGUUGACCGUUAUCAUGAUGCUGAAGGUGGAGAGCCUUUGGAUACUUCAGUAAACAGUGAUAGAGAAUCACAUUUUCUUGAAGAAAAUGGUUUACAUAUAAGCUCUAUUAGAGAAAGUAGUACUAGUCAUGAUAUAUCAACAGCUGACACGAACGUUAAUGAAAACGAAUCUAGUACUGAUCAACUGUUCGACUCAAUAACAAGCGAGGAUCUAAACGAAGCUUUAGAAAAGGAAGACGAAUUAGGUCCACUGGAGAAGAGUUCCUCCAAUGGUUUUGGUGAGCUGACCACGGAGGAGUUGUUUUCCCUCAACAACUUCAACCCUAUGUCAGAGGCAUGGAAUGACAGAGGGAAUAAGAUAAACAAACAAAGGACCGAUCUGACCAUGCCUGCUGAUAAUAUAUUGGUGGCAGGAGAAAAUGACCCUGGUAAGCAGAUUGUCAAACUUGUGGUGUACAAUGUACCUGCAAAAGCUCAGAGAAUACCGCUGAAGAACUUUUUGAAAAACCAGUGUCUGAGAAGUGAGCCCCCUGUUAAAAUUGAGCGAGUUAAUAUCGACGAGAAAACCCACAAAGCGUAUGUGGAGGUUUCAGGAACGGGUGGAGCUCAAGUAUUUAUUAAGAAUGUGCACAAAAAGAAGUUCUGUAUGUGUGAGCUAGAUGUUAGAAUACAAUAUGAGAGAGAAGAUCCCAAUGUUAUGAAGAUGCAGUCUCUCUUGCUGAAUAGAGAGAGGGAGAGUGAGAGGGAAAGGCUAAGAGAUUCUCAACGUAAAGGUAAAGGUACGGUUCGAACGACAGCAGAAGUAACGACACAUGCAUUAACAUCUAGUCGACGUGACCAAUGUCUUAGAGCAGCAGAGAACAGAAACACAGGGGAUGUUGAUGUAGGUGGUAACACCUCAGCAAAUGGUAGUUCUACUGGUAACAUCUCACAUGUUGCAAGUUCUGAUGAAGUUACUGUCAACAUUACAGACAAUCCCCCAGAGACAAAUACCUCAUUAACAAACAACAACGAGGUGUUGUUAACUUCACAGUUUAGUGAAAGAGAGGAGGCUGAUGAUGGGUUAUCUCUCGCUCAUACAGAACAUUCUAGAUCAGACGAUAUCGCAGACCAGUCUCCACCUGAUCUAUUCACAGAGGAACAUUUAGCAGUUGCUGGCUCACAGCUGAGUAAUACUGGGACUGAUGCUAGGAACGCUGUUACAACGACUCACAGAUCAACUGUAAACUUGACAACACCACGACAGGGAGGAGGGAGGAGGGAGUUCCUCUCAACCAGACCACCUAAAACUCACUCCACAGUCCCUGAUGAAGAUAUAAGAGAUGAUUCAUCCACCAGCUUAGAAGGAAAUGUCAGUUCAGCGAGAGAUUCAGACUUAACAACAACCCAGUUAAACUCGGCAGCACUCAUUAAAGUUCCUGUUAAAAGCACUGUAUCACAAUCAGCGAGCUCUUCUAACUCCACACAAAGUGAGUCUCAAGAAACCAGCUCUUCUUCAGAACACCGAACUGCUCCCUCAACUACACUGCCUUCUACCACCACUACUGAUCCUGAAACUACCUCAGCUGAUAAUUUCACAACUCAUGAUUACGUUAUUCCUAAUCCUAACACUCUUACUGAUGACGUCACUACGUCUGAUGACGUCACGAAUCUCGCUGUUCACUUAGCAGGACUCGUUAUAGAGGAGGAGGAAGAAGAGGAGUGUGCCGAGCAGAGGUCUGUUUGUCAGAAAGAAGUGCGACUAGAGCCCCCACCCAACAGAAAUCACUGGAGACACUGUCCUCCCACACCUCUACCUGAGCGACUCCUCUCGUCCCACAUCCCUGCUUCAGCUACUGUAUCACGUGUUAUUGUCACGUGGUGUGACGGUGAGGGUAUCUGGACCAUUGCCAAGACGGACUAUCAUCGUCUCAAGCGGUAUUCUAAAAUGUUAAAACUAUCUCCCCUUCCUCUGAGUACGCCUGUUAAAAACGAGAUGGUAGCUGUAAAGAUCAACCAGGUGUUUUGUCGAGGAAUUGUUCAAGAAACUGGGACAGGUGCGGGCGGUAUGGUUCAAAUAAGGCUACUGGAUUUAGGGGAAGUCAGAUCUGUUGCAGAAAACUGCUUGUACGGUAUAAAAUCAACGAGCAAGAUUCUGUCUCAAGAAUCAUUGGCUAAAAAGAGAUCUCUGCAUCAGAGUAAAGUCAAAGACAAGGAAUUGUUCGCUUCACUAGCCAAUCUUGUACUGGGAAAUAGACAGGUUGACAUGUUGGUGUACGAUGACGAAAGAGUUGAUUUUCUGGUGGUUAACGAAAUGACUGAGUCCAGCUUUGUUAAGAUUUGUGUUGCAAGUGGUGCUCUUAGAUAUACAACUAUCCGAGAUUACCCUGUGUCCCUGAACAAAAUCUGCGUUUACAAACUCCUAAAAAGACAUGAAACUGAGAACGGUGCAACACUGAUUUUAAAAGAAACACCAGGAGAUCAAACAGAUGCAGUCGACAACAGUUUUAGUGACUGGAACAAGAAAAUGCAAACGGAAGAAUGCCACAAGUACACUGGAGGCAAAUAUUGCACUGUCAAGCUUGAUGAGACGAGAUAUCGCGGACAAGUGCUCAACACUGAUCUUAUAGCAGAAAACCACACAGUAUUUCUUGUUGAUACCGGUGAAGUGGUUACCAUUACUACGGCUGGUGCUUGUGAACUACCUCCCAUUUACUACGAUAUACCUGCACAGAUCGUCCAAUGUCGUGUAAAAGGGGAGUGGCCAGGCAAUCUCAUCGAGGGGUCCACUAUCAGAGGAUACAUAUUCAACGAUAACAACGAUUUGAUAUUCAACCAGGACAUAUGAUGUGAUCUUUGAAGAUUUGAAUCUUAUCGAUUCACUGUAUUAUUGAUUAUAUUUGAGCUUUAAAAAUUCGUGAACGUGCUC